UUAGCAAAAUAAAGGGUGUAGAGACUAAGCUACACUGCUCAGUGUAAAUUGUACUUCCUAGUAAUGUCAGAAACAACCACUCUGUCCGAAUAUGUAUCACUCAAAGUGGUUCCUCGAGGAGUACAAGCAACUGAGCCCUACAGAUAUCAUUGGGUUGUACUAACAGUACCCGUAGUGCCACAUCAUUCCACCAUUAGCUACUGGUCAUCAAAGGAGGCUUGGCUGAACCGCAGAUCUCCCCAGGAGCAAGGCAUACAGUCAAUAUCCCUGGAGUCAUUUAAGCUUCAGAGAUCUUCUGAAGUUGGGGACAUGGAGGUCAUUGAAGUCAUCCUAAACAAAGCUACGCUACUCAUGAUGUUUGAAAGUACCGAAAAGUGUCAUGAAUGGGACAAAGUUCUGCAGAAGAUAUCAAGUAGGGUAUACACAGAAAUUGUACGUUCGAAAAACCAUCCAAACAGAGAGAAGCAAUACAUCAUAGAGAUAUCUCCAAGUGUUGUCAUGUUCUAUGAGCCACAUAAAGCUAAUAGCAGCAGCAAGCCAGACUUUACCUGGAAGAUAGAGCAUAUAAAGAGAGCAAAGUAUGACAUUAACGUGGGCAAAACUGAAGUGGAGAUCAGCAAGUCUGGUCGCAGCGGCGACGGAGACAAAUACAUGUUGAUAGGACCGAAAAUGAAAGAAUUAUACUUUGAGCUGAAGGAGAGGUUCAAUAGAAUCUGUGGAGAUCCAACGGGACCUCACGAGGCCCUGCCCAUUAAGAAAUCCUCAAAUCCAACCAUUGGAUCGCCAAAAACCCAACAUAGAUCAGUACGAUCACUAAGCAUACCUUGCGUACCUGCAAGGCAGCCAAUUGAUAUGGAACCACCACCUUUACCUCCUCGCCCUAUCGUGUUGUCUCGUACUCCAGUUACACGAAGAAGCUCUCAGCCUGUAUCAUCACCAUCACCAUCAUCAUCACCGUUGCCAGAGAGAAAAGGACCACCAUUGCCUCCACGUUCCAGUGCCAAUCUUUCUUCUCCUCUUCCUUCGCUGGAUGAUGUGGACGAGAUAUACGACUUUGAAGCUAUUCCACAACUGAUGGUCAUCAGCUCUCAAGUUAGAGAAGAACAACCUCCUCCUCUUCCCCCACCAAGAUCACCAAACAUGGCUACAAAAGUAAGACCACAAAGCACUUCUCCUCGAUUGCUACCAAGACAUGAAGGACUUGUGUACGACGAAGCAAGAGAUAUCAUGCUUCCCAGGAGCAACAGCAACAGAGCACAAAAUCCAUUGGAUGAUGACGAAGAAGAUCAUUAUUACAUAUGACAAUCUUUUAGUUGGUACCAUUUUAGUUCAUAGCUGCAAUGACAUGCAAUGUACAAAGCUCAUAAGUUAUUGAAGUAUUAUAAUUUUAGCACUGUAGUCACCAGUACUGAUUCAA